ACAAUUUCUACCAUUUUUCGCUCAUUGUAGCAUGAAGCUCAUCACUGUCGUCGUUACCAUUUUUUCUUUUUAAUAAUUAUAAAAUAAGAAUAUCUACUUCUUCGUACGUUCUGUAUUACCAAUCCAUUGUAGGUGCUACAAUAUCUUUUCAAGAAUAUUUCACAUUAUAAUGUUGGUAGUAAAUUCAAUUCAAAAUUGUACAAACAACGUUGAUUUCCAUUUUUCAAACAACGCAAAAUAAUCGACAAUAUCAUAGGGGCUAAUAAAAAAUGGAUAUUUCGAAUGUUACAUAUGAAAGAAAAAAAGGUGCAAUUGUAUAUGUUUCUUUACCUCAGAUAAAUGAGUUAUGUUGUACAAUUUGCAAACUUGACUUUAUCGAAGUACAUGAAUCAUCCACAAAAACAAAUUUUCACUGGACAACAAUGAAAUGCCGAUUACUUAUUUAUUUAGUUACUGAUGUAAUUGCGUCGCCAAUAUCAGGUACGGAAAAAUAUAUAUUCGUAAUUACACGUAAAGCUGUUCAUGAAAGUGGAAAAUUAGAGAAAAUUUUAAGAUACUUGAAACUAGUGUAUCAAGGACAACGUCCAAUUACUACGGAAAUUUAUAAAACCUGCUUUUUAUAUACUAUACAGACUAAGAUAGCACCACUAUGGAAUAAAGUUGGUCAAUAUUUUCUUCAAGGGAAACAAUUUUUCACUUCUGUGGAACCAAUUUCGGCAUUAAAAAUAGAUAUUCUUUUUCAAGAGAAGGACAUAUGUUUACUGCUUCAUACAGAAAGUGUUAAUAUACCAUUUGUAAAGCUUGAAGAUUUUGUUCCAUCGUCUGUGCUAUCCCACUUUUUAGCAGAUCCUAAAGGAUAUAUUGACUUAUCUCACUAUGAUUCUCCAUUUGUAUACGUUUUACCAAGUACAAAAAGAGGCAGAGUAUUAUCUGUAUUUAAAGAAUUUCCGAUGUGUACCUUUAAAGAUUAUGACCAAAUGCGAAGACACUGGAAAAAUAUGUAUGGAUAUUCUUUACCAAAGAACAAAGAUGGAAUUUUCUAUCUUGAAAUUAAAUUUCCUGUACCAAAAUCACAUAGUUUCAUUUAUCCAAAUAUAUGUGUCGCAUCUGAUCCAUUAAAUAUUAUUCCAAAUAAAAAUGAAGAAUAUACAAUCAAUAGAUUCGUAUUUGAUGUGCUUAGAAAAUUACCCACAAUUUGUGAUACAGAAUUAAAAUUAUCCAAGCAUACUUUUCACAACAAGAAAACGGUACCUACAAAUAUAAUAUCCAACGCAUUGUCACAAAACAAACAGUUAAUUACACCUCUUAAGAGAAAAUAUGAUUCCACCUCGACUGUACCAUUGGAAUUUCCUACAAAUUAUGUAAACGAAUUAGAAGGAAAUGCGGAAAUUACAUCUGAACCAUUAAAAACUCAAUUAGAUGAAAUUCAUACUAUCCACAAUACAUUGCAAUGUAAUGCAAAUAGGGCAGACUUUAACAAUAAGAACAUUGAACAUAAUGAAAGUGGAUGUUUAGCUGUAAACAUUAUAGAAACACAAAUUACAAAAGAAGAUUGCAAUGAAGCAGGAAUAUCAAGAAAUUCAAAUGUUAAGACCGUUGCAGCCAAACAAGAAACAAUUUCUAAAUAUUUUAAAAUUUGUAAACCACUUACUAAUAAUAGUGACAAAAUCAAGCUUACAACGUACCAAAACCAGAAAGAUUUAACAUUAAAAGGAAAAUUAUUGCUAGCUAAACCUAAAGAAAAUAGUGAAAUGUAUGGGCAAGAAAUGGAUCAAUACAUAGAUGUGGAGAAAAUGGCAAAAGACCAUAAAUUGCAUCAGAUAAAAAAUAAUAUUUUGAAAUCAUUUUGUAAUUAA